AUAUUCUCUAUGACAAUACAAGUCUCUUUUUUGUCUUUCCUUUGUGGGGUGUUUCUGAGGUAACUCGCUGACUCUACAUUGUAACCCUUUUCUUAUUCCAACUUCAAAGUGCUAGUGUCCUUUGUACCUUGUUUAACAGAAUUGAGUUUCACCUUUUCUCACUUGUUGCAACGUUGUUUUAGUUGACUAGAUUUCUUGAUGAUACAACCUUGUACAUUCAUUCUUUCCAAAUUAGAGCAUGAGUAUUAUAUUCUGUUGCAACAAAAUGCAAAAAGAGAGCUUGUGAUAAAUGGAUAUGCUCUGUCCUUUUGUCUUCAAUCUACAGCUUAAAGUUGAUUAAUCUUAUAGGUAUGCUUGCUUUCUGGGGAAAAAAAGUUUUGUACUUGGGAAAUGUUGGUAUAAAGUUUUUGUUGCUGAAAUUUGAAGGCUGAUGAUGAGAUCUACAGAGUACAUGUUAUGAAAAAUUAAGUUGGUAAUGCUUUUGUUUUUCUUCAGACUUUCAGAGUGGUAUUGGCUAAGCUUUCUUUUAACUGAGAGUGGACUGUUUUUUAUGCUGUGUUUUGUCUCAGAGCUUCUUCUUCAAUAAAUGUAUUUUAAAGAAGCAGCAGGAGAGCAGUGCCAUUAUAGUCCAAAGUUGGACAGCUUUCUUGUAAAUUAUGCAAGGCAGAAGAAGCAUCCUUCAGGGGGUUUUAUCCAUCCAUCUGGCGAGGAGCUCUCUCUUUAUGACAGCAUAGACAAACUCAAAAAAUGCUAUGGAGAUCGUCAGGGAACAAAAUACCGGGUUUGGAUUGAUCGCCUUUUGCCAACAAGGAUAAGCAAUGAUGCAUGGCUUGUGAGGUUUGAUAAAUGGGAAACAUCUGGUAAGACCUUUAAAUAGUAUAUUACCUUGCAGUCGUAAACUUUUUUUACUUAACAUAUCUUA